AUGGCCGCGUUCCGCUCCUUGGUGCUCUUCGGCGUCGCCCACGCGGCGGCUGGUUUGAAAGAGGACCCACUCCCCGUGCACAACCUGACCGUCUGCAACGCGUACGCCGACGCUAGGCCCCUCACCGUCUACACCCUCAGCAAGAUGGCGAAACUCACGGAGGAGCCGCUCAAGUACAAAGAGUGCCGGUUGAUCCCGAUGCAGCUUUCGCCCGGCGAGCGCCUCGAUUUCAAGAUGGCGGGCCUCAGCGUGGGGACCUUCCGCGCGAACGGCCUGCCCAAGAGCCCCGCGAACCUGGUGCUGGUCCCGUACCACCACACGAAGGACUCCACGACCGCCGCGUUCGCCUCCCACGCGUUCUCGAGCAAAGAGGAGGCCCAGGUGGAGAGCUCGGGAGAGGUGGCGGUGAUCGACGCCUACGCCGGCACCCUCAACGGGACGUUGAAGAUUGAGGCUGGCACUAAGAAGGCGAAGAGGAUUGCGGAGAUGAAGGCCGGCUCGCAGGUGGUGCUUCCUGCCGGAGGCUACCAGAUCCAGUUGAACGACGCCAGCGACAAGCGCAUUCAGGCUGCCGCUCUGGAGGCCUCCGACAGGGGCCGAUAUGUGGUGCUGCGCGUCGGCAGCGAGGCGGACCGCUACGCCCAGGAGCUCGUGGUGUCCUCGGCCGAGGGGAACGGCGGCGCGGCCCAGGGCAGCGGCUCCCUGCGGGCGGGUCUCGGUGUCUUCGCCGUGGCCGCGGCGGCCCUCUCGCUGGGCAGCGGCCACGGCGUGAGUGCUGGCCAUGGGACCGGUUCCGCCGAGGGCCAGUUCCGCCGAAGUUCGCUUCCGCCGCGCGAGGCGCGCGGCGGCCACGGCCUGAGCGUUGGCCGCGGCGGAGGACCGGGCGGAACAGGACUGGCGGAACAGGACCAGCGGAACAGGACCGGGCGGAACAGGACCAGGCGGAACAGGACCGGGCGGAACAAGACUAGGCGGAACAGGACCAGGCAGAACAGGACCUCGGCGGAACAGGGCUGGGCGGAACAGGAUUGGCGGAACAGGACCUCGGCGGAAGAGGUCCAGUACCUGGGGCCCAUGAUCGGCCACCUGGAGCGGCUGCGUCGAGCGGCCAUGACGCAGCUGGACGCAUGA